AUGAUAAUAUGUUUUACCCUUUCAUGUGACAAAUGUAAAAAUAAAGGUGACAGCAAACAAAAUUCAUUUGAAGAAUUAGACAGUCUACUAGAAAACAAUAGUUGUAGUCGUUCAUGCACAGUACCUGGCAUUCAUAUGAACAGAACUAGUGAUCUUUAUAAAUUUUAUGGCUUUUUGUAUAAUAAUGUAUAUUUUAUAGAGGAGUAUAAUGCUGAAGAGUGCGCUUAUUUAAUUGCAUGGAUUGAGAAAAAAAAAAAUGACUAUACAAAAAAAGAAUCAACAAAAAACGAUAUGGAUUUAUGGAAUAAAAAUAUAAAUAUUAUAUAUCAAGAAUUAUGUAAAUUAAGUAAUUGUUUUUUUGGAAAUUGUUGUAAAUGGGGUGAUGCUAUAUCUGCGUGCAAGUAUUCAUUAAGCGCAGAAAAACUUUUAACUUUUAGAUCACCAAUAAGUUAUAUUUUUUAUGUUUGUUUUACACUUUUAAUAACAAUUAUUUUUAUGCUAUUUAAUAUUUCUAAAAUAAAACGGUUUUUCUGUAAUGAGCGUAAUAAAGUUGUAAAAAGGAAAAAUACACAUGGUAAUAAAAGCAUUAGAUAUAAUAAAGAUUUUAAAUCGGGUUUGGAAAGAAAAAGAAUUAAUAUAAUUUAUCAGUCCAAGAACAGUAAAUAA